GUCGCUCUUCCAAUUGAGUUUUGCCUGACUGUUUUUGUCUCCCUCUUGACCAUCAAAACUCCAUAUUUCCCUUUCAAAAUGUCCUACUUUUAUGGCAGUGGUGGGGGACAAAGGCAACCAAAAUGGAAUUAUCAAACAAAUCUAGAUCCAAAUCUACUGGCCACAGUUCGAGAUGAAAUGCUUCGAAAAGAGGAGGAGUACCGGAAGGAACAACAGCGGAUUGAAGCGGAACAAAAGAAACUAACAAGUUAUCUGACCCAACUUCAAGCCAUGGUUCGAGAUCUGCCUGGUACCUACAAAAACAAAUUCACUUAUGAUGUACUAUCAGGAAUUGCAACUUGUCUUCUUGAUGGAACAGUAUUUGAGAUUGUAAAGGGACUGGAAGACAUACAGCAACUUACUGAAAGAAACUUACUCAACAAAAGAAUGAAAUUAGUCAAUUUGCAGAAAGCUCAGAGGAUGCAGAUGGCCAAGAAACAUAAAGAUGCCAUUCAGCAAUGUGAGCAACGGCCUCAUAAUCUGCCUCUGGUAGAGGCAUCAAAUACACAAGAAAAGAAAGCUUUGGAAGAAAAGUUAGAGGCAGAAGUGCUUCAAGUUGAUCAGAAAGUAGUCCUUGAGUUGGACCAGAUUGUUUGUGACCAACAAGCAACCCUCCAAAGAGCUGGUGUGCCCAUGUUUUCUAUAACAAACAACCCUAAUGAAGUUCGCCUUCAGAUGUAUAUACUGGAUUUUAUACAGCGAAUGGAACACACUCCCAGUUAGUGGCUACAUUUCUUGGAAAGACGCAUUUGGAACAUGUAUUCUUGGUAUGACUAGUUGAGUUCAAGUUUUUCAAGUAGCAGUUCAACUUUCUUUUUGCAUCAGAUACAUAAAAAGAUGUUAAAUUUUUGAGAGAACAAAUGCUACCCACCCACACAGUAUUCAUUACAUCUUGCCUGUCUGAAGUGUCACCAUAUAAAGCUCAUAGUGAAAAUCUUCUCAUAGUGGUUUCCUUAGAAUGAUCUGAACAUUGUAGUUCACAUGAACUUGAAAGGAGAAUUUCUUUGCUGAUCUUUCUUGGAUCUGAUCAAAAGAAAAAAUUUGAAGCCUUCUUUCCUAUACGUUCCUGUAACAGGAAAAAUUUUUUCCACAGCAAAAUACACUCAAACUCACCAAAUUUUUUUUAAUAAUAAGAAAAAAAUGGGUGACCAACCUUGAACAUUUUCAUGACAACAUUUCAUCAACAACUCUAUUUGCAUUUAGACAAUAUAUUUUAAUUCCAAUGUAAUGUAGCCUUUAUACAUAUACACUACAGUGUACAAAUAACUGCUAUUGUUAAAUUAAAUAAAUACAAAUUAACCCUGAGCAAAUUUACAAGUGCUUAUUUAAGUAAUUGAUUUCAAUUAAAUAUUGAUAUUAAAAAAAUUAAAAAAAAAAAGCCAAAGUCUGUUGAGGCCCCAAGGGAAAACAUUCAUAUUGUUCCAUAACCAAAUUGUGAUCUAGUAGAGUAUAACUUUAGCAACAGCUCGACUAAGGUGUCUAUGACAUUGGAAAUAAGAAAAUCCAAGAUGAUUAGAGAUUUCACUGUUUCCCAGCCAUUUCAGAUUUUGUCAAAUAUAUCUGGAAAGCACCAGGUGUUUGUUUGGAUGGAUUACAUAUUCCAGUCUAUGUGACUCAGGUGUGCUGGAGCUAAGCAAGUAGAAGAACAAACUAUUGAUCUUGAUCUUCAAUGACUAUUGAGCUCCGAAGAGAAGUUGGGUGCACCAGGAAAACAGAAACCCUUCCAAAGUUUCCCAAUAUCUUGCCAACCAGCCCAGACAACUGAGAAUGUCUAUAAUUUCAUGUUUUCAUCAGUUGGAGAACUCUGGAAGGGUCUGGAAAUGGUGAAAUCAAAACUGCAUUUAUCUGGGAUUUUUUCCAAACUGAGGAUGUCUAUCAUUUUGAGUUUCCAUUAGUUGGGAAACUCUGGAAUGGUUAGAAAAUGGUAAUAAAUCCUUAGCUGACUGGGAUUUUGCCAACAUACAAAAGCCAGCCUUAGGUAGAAUUCUCCUGCUGAAUCACAAUGGCCCAAAAUGUUAUUUAUUCAGAUGUGGAGAUUUACAUCUUAUUACUGCUACUUACAACUAUUCUCCAUCUGUUACCUUUUUUUUUUUUUUUUAUUUUUUCAAAAACCCUUAGCUCUACUUUUCCCCUGUAUAAAGUAAAG